AUGUCCGUAAGGAAGCAAUCUCCUUAUGGCCCAUUUGUAGAAAGAGUUCUCUUGCCAGCACUUCGAAUUGGCUUGUUGCUGCUCAUUCUCUUGGCCAUUGGAUUUGGCAGUUGGCUAGAGACCAAUGAAUCCAUCACUGAUUGCUCGUUCAAGAGUAGCAUGUCUUUCCAUCAGGUAUAUCUGUACCGAAACAUCACGAGCAAUUUGACGACGCCUGAUUCAGUGUCAUUUGGAUUGUGGAAAACAUGUUAUUUCUAUGCCUUGAAUUGCUCUUGCACACCUACAAAUUUGAGAUAUCAACCUGAUGUUUCAACAAUACUUCAGGUCGCAACUGAACAUAAUGCGACACCACCCCUGACAGGAUCAACUUCUUUAAGCAGAGUAAUCCCACUUAUGCUAGCCACUGUUAUUGGAGGCGCUGCGUUUUUUAUUGGACUCUGGGCAAAUCGACGAGGAAAGUACAUGUACAGAAAAGUUGUAGUAGCACUGCUAUCUCUGUGUGCCAUUCUCAUCGCCUACGUCUUUGGAUGGACCUAUGAUCAGUAUUUCAAAUCAAUUCUAAAGACUUGCAAAGAUCGCAACAAUGCCAUCUACUGCGCUAGACAUGCAGUCGGGACUGAGGUGGUUAUCUUUGCUGUCGCCCUUGCACUCCUCUUUAUUGCAUUUGGAUUCUGGUUUUUUGCCUCGGCAUUCUUCACAAAGAAAGAUGAUUUGUACGAACAAGAGGAGCCAUUUGAAUUCGCAUUUUGGAAGAAGAGAUCGUCCGAAUUACCAGAUUACACACCGCCAAAAAGGAGAAGACCAAUUCCAAGUGAAAAGCCGUUACAAAGCUCACCCCAAUAUCAACCCCAAGAUGAAUUAGCUGUAUGGCGUGAUGUGGACAUGUAUGGAAACAAUGGACUCGAAGACGAUGGUUACUGGGAGCAUCAGGACGAAAAGAAGUAUUAUGACAGCAAACACAAUAGCAAAGGCUACUAUUAUGACUCGCCUGUAGAUCAGCAACAGCAGCAGCACAGCCUAUCAUCCAUGAGCCCAGUUGAAAAAGUGUCCUUAACGCCUCCUCCGCCUGUUAGCUCGAACCAUUUGAAUAGUUCGCCACGAGGUCAUAAGUCGCGUGUAACAUCCAACGAGUAUAGCUAUCAGCAAUCACCACGCCAUCAUCGCAAGCAACGUAGAUCCCCUGGCCCUGAAUACCACGACAACUACAAUGCAUUAUCGCCACAAAAAUAUAGACAGUCUACAACAAGAAAAGAGAGCAAUGAUUCUGCCCUGACGUUUGGAAAUGGCAAACGACAACAGCGCAGAAGAUCAAGCGGGAGACCUUUAUCGGAAAUGGACCCACAACAGCAAUACUACAAUAGCAAAUCAAGAAAUAAGACACCUACGAGUAUGUCUCCGCAUCCUUUUCAAUUCCCAAACAGUAGCGACAUGAUGAUGGGGAACUCGUUUUGCAUGACACCAUUCUAUAACGAAGACAAUGGAUCUUCUGGAUCAGGAAGCUCAAAUGGUGGAUACUUUGUUCAAGAUGGAAGGAUAUCCAAUCAGUAUCAGGUACCAAUAUUGGGCAUGCCACCUACAGCAGUCGAGCAUCCAUUGAAUAAGAAGGUGAUUACAGACAAACGUAUUCAAAGCUAUCUUCAACAACAACAGCACUCAACUUCAUCAAAUUCAACAUGA